AUGGAACCACUGCCUGAUCCGAAGAAUGAUAGACAAGUGAAGGAUGUUGAGCCUCCACCAGCAAAACCGUUAAGCUUAGAACUACUAUAUCCAAACGGAACGGAAGAGCCACCAGAUUAUAAGGCUCUAAGAGAUCAUUUAAAAAAAGAGGGUCGCAUAAGAAAAGAAGAUUGUUUAGAUAUAAUAAAGAAGGUGAUAGAUAUAGUAAGCAAUGAACCGAAUUUAUUAAGGUUAAAGGACCCAAUAACAAUCGUUGGAGAUAUUCAUGGUCAAUAUUAUGAUUUAUUAAAAUUAUUGGAAGUCGGAGGCAAUCCUGAUCAUACUCAAUUUUUAUUUUUAGGAGAUUAUGUCGAUAGGGGUUCUUUUAGUAUAGAAGUAUUAUUAUUAUUAUAUGCUUUAAAAAUAAAUUUCCCUGAUCGCAUAUGGUUAAUACGAGGAAAUCAUGAAUGUCGUCAAAUGACAACAUUUUUUAAUUUUAGAGAUGAAUGUGAAUAUAAGUAUGAUAUAGUAGUAUAUUAUGCUUUUAUGGAAUCUUUUGAUACAAUUCCUUUAUCAGCUGUAAUAAAUGGUAAAUUUUUAGGAGUUCAUGGUGGUUUAUCUCCUGAUUUAAUAUUACUGAAUCAAAUAUGUUCAUUUACUCGAUUUCAAGAACCUCCACGUUCAGGAAUUUUCUGUGACAUAUUAUGGUCAGAUCCUAUUGAUGAAGAUAAAGAAGAGCAUACCAUACAAACUGAAUCUUAUUUUCCUAAUGACAUAAGAGGAUGUAGUUAUUUUUUUGGAUACAAUGCAGCAACAACAUUUUUAGAAAAAAAUGGUUUAUUAUCAAUAAUACGAGCCCACGAAGCUCAACUUGAAGGAUACAAAAUGCAUCAGACAAAUUUAAAGACUGGUUUUCCCAUAGUUAUAACUAUAUUUUCAGCUCCUAAUUAUUGUGAUGUUUAUAAUAACAAAGGUGCGGUUUUAAAAUUCGAUAGUAACACAUUAAAUAUACAACAGUUUAGUUUUUCACCUCAUCCUUACCAUUUACCUAAUUUUAUGAAUUUAUUUACAUGGUCCUUACCAUUUGUAAGCGAAAAAGUUACAGAAAUGUUGUAUUCUCUUUUAAAUUGUAGUAUGAAUGAUACGGAUGAAGGUAUAAACGAUAUCGUUUUACCUAAAGAAGUAAUACAAAUUUUAAAUUAUAUUGAAGAAAAUAAUAAAAGAAUUAAUGAGAUGAAUUUUAAUAACAACGAUGAUAAUGUAGAAUAUGAAGAUAAUGGUCAAUAUGCAAAUCAAAGUAAUAAUAAUAAUAAUAAUAAUAAGGAUAACAAUUUUGAUGAUAUUACUUAUGAUGAUCAUAAAAAAGAGAAAGACAAAAGAAAUAAAAUAUCCUCAAAUGGUAACAUGCAAGAUAAUAAUCAAUUAUAUGAUCAUUCAGAAGGACAUAAUAAUUAUAAUGAUGAAGAUGAAUUCUUCAAAAAUGUUAAAAAGACAGAUACAAAUAAUAAUAAUAAUAAUAAUAAUAAUGAGGAGGAGGAGGAGGAUGGAAGAAAAAAUAAAGAUGUAGGACAAGUAUCUAAAGAAAGAACGGAUACUCUAAGAAAAAAAGUACAAUCGGUAGGUAGACUAAUGAGAGUUUUUAGAACCUUAAGGAAAGAAAAUGAAUUAAUUGUGCAACUUAAAGGAUGUAGUCCUGGUUAUAGAAUACCUGUAGGGUUAUUAUUAAGUGGAAAAGAGGGAUUGGAAAAUGAGCUGGAAAAAUUUACAAAGGUUAAAGAAAUUGAUAGUAUUAAUGAAAAGAGGCCAUCCAACGAAUAA